AUGCCGCGAGAGCAUUGGGAGAGGAAGGUCUUCCAGGACCACCAUGAGACAAGCCGCAUCCUUCGCAACACGAAGUCCUGGCUGGUCGAUGGAGAGCAAGGCAGAGAGACUGCGCGGAUAGGAUUGAUCAAGAAGCUCUCAUCGAAGGCGAAGCCAAACGUGAAGCCUGGAGUCCAGCGGUGGAACAACACAUUUGGAAACCGUGUCGGACGAGGAGGAGUGCAACGAACGACAGACGCAGCGCACUGCGAGUCCCUGCGAGGCGCCCCGAGCGGGGUUUUGCCCAUCCCGGAGCGUGGCAAGAGAAGGAGAAAGCAACUUUCAGAUCAUACCAGACGCGGCAAGCGAGGAGCCUUCAUGAGUUCGAAUCGUCCUGAGAGGAGAUAUAGAGGGCUCACGGGAAGACGCACAUGA